AUGUCUGUACAGCUCACUGAGCACCGGUUCCUCAAGAUUCACUAUGAAUUGAAAGAGACAUGGAAGCAGACUACAGAUUAUCUACUUUGCAGCCCAGAUUUCCAUGGUCACCCACGACGUGACUGUGUAGUACUCGCAACCGACGAUCCAGCAAAACCAGUUUUUGGUCGACUUUUGCUGCUAUUCACAUACACUGUGGACAAUGUCAAGUAUCCAUUAGCCUUGGUUGAGCCCUUCGACGGUCAAGGACAGCAUGGUCAAUGGUGGCUCAAGCGGGAUAUUGAUGUUGGAUUCUAUCACUUGUACUCAAACCCGCACAUACCUUCAGAAAUUUUCUCGAUCUAUUCCAUCAUUCGAGGGGCUCUGAUAGUUCCAGAUUUCACCAAGGAAGGCGAGUAUUUGAUUGUGGAUGUUGUUGAUGCGGAUAUGUUUUUACGUAUCAAGGAGCUUUUUUCUAGAGUAGAAAUGUAG